AUGUCUGACAAGAAAGUCUCCAGGCCCUGCCAUCACUGCAAGAGCAGGUCAGCAUCAGUCCCAUCAGACACCUCCAAGAUCCACUAUGAGAAGUUCUGGCUGUACCGUCACUGCUCUUCGGUGCAGCAGAGGGACCGGCAAGCUCAGAAGGCUGGGCAGCUCUUCUCAGGGCUGCUGGCCAUGAAUGUGGUGUUUCUGGGCAGCGCCUUCAUCAGCAGCAUGAUCUUCAACAAGGUGGCCAUCACUCUGGCAGACGUGUGGAUCCUGCUCUCCAUCCUCAAGGUCUUGUGCCUGUUCUGGAUUAUUUACUACCUGAUGGGCACCAGCCGGCAGCCACACGCGGUGCUCUACCGGGACUCCCACGCCGGAGCUAUCUGGGUUAGGGGGUCAGUGCUGCUGUUUGGCAGUUGCAGCAUCCUCCUGAAUGUGUUUCAGAUUGGCUACAGCACAGUCCUUGUCCACUGCAAAUCCAAGGUGGAAAUUGUGUUCCCCAUCAUUGGAAUCCUUUUUAUUUGCACCCAGGCUUACUUUCUGUGGCAUCACUCCAAGGACUGCAUUCAAGUCCAGCACAACUUCACCAGGUGUGGGCUGAUGGUCACCAUAGCCACCAACCUUCUUCUCUGGCUCCUGGCCGUGACCAACGACACCCUGCACAUGGAGAUCGAGUCUCAGCUGCGCGAGGUGGAGCAGCGAUUCGCAGGCAAUGAGACUACCUUGUGCACAUGCCCAAACACAACCAUCUGCAAAGUCUUCCAGAAGGGCUACAUCCUGCUCUACCCCUUCAACACCGAGUACUGCUUGGUCUGCUGCUCCGUGCUCUACGUCAUGUGGAAGAACGUGGGGAGACGCAUCAGCCACCACCACAUCCUGAACACCAAGCCCAAAUUCAAGCUCCAGGGGGUGGUCUUUGGGCCACUGCUGGGCACCAGUGCUGUAAUCAUCGGGGCUUGUGUCUUCAUGAUGUACCAGAUCCAGGCCACCAGCUUGGACCCCAGCCGCCAGGUCUUGGUGAUCUAUUAUUCCUACUACAUUGUGCUUCUGCCCCUGAUGAGUGUGGGUGCUGUGAUUGGGACAAUCAUCCACGCCUUGGAAAAAAAGGAGCUGGACACGCUGAAGAACCCAACCCGCAGCCUGGAUGUGGUCCUGCUGAUGGGGGCGGCCCUCGGCCAAAUCGGCAUGUCCUACUUCUCCAUUGUGGCCCUGGUGGCCACUGACCCCAGCGACCUGCUGAACAGCCUCGCCCUGUCCUACUCCGUCCUCCUCAUCUUUCAGAACAUCACCCAAAAUGUUUUUGUCAUCGAUGGGCUGCACCGGCGGCAUGUUGUAGCAGCAGCUGAGGCCAAACAUGCCGGACACUCCGGACAGGACACGGUGGCUGCAGAGAUGCCUGGGGAAGAGGAGACCACGCUGAGCGGCAAACAGGAGCACAGCCAGACACCUCCUGGCAAGGAGGAAGACACUAAAGAAGAGCAGAAUCGUGAAGCCUACAGCCAGAGACGAGUGAGCGUGCUGGAGCUGGGACAGGAGAUCCGGAAAGCUUCCCUGUCCUACAUCCAUACCUACUCCCAUCUGAGCUGGAAGAGAAGAGUAUUGAGGGAGAUCUCCUUCUUCUUAGUUUUGUGCAACAUCAUACUGUGGGUCAUGCCCACAUUUGGGGCUCACCCCCUCUUCGAGAAUGGAAUGGAAAGGUCAUUUUACGGCUACUCCACCUGGUUUGUGAUCGUGAACUUCGGACUCCCCUUGGGUGUGUUUUACCGCAUGCACUCAGUUGGGGGGCUCCUGGAGGUCUAUGUGACAGCCUGAGCCAAGCUGGACCCCCACCCCAGGGGCUGGGGAGAAUCAGUGAUGCUGAACAAAGAUGCAGUAAGCAGUAGAUAUGCACAUGGAAGCUUCUAAGACUUUUUCCCUCCAGCUUCUGCUUGGACUUCUUGUACAACAUCACAGUGAAUUUCAGAAGAGGUUCUUUAAUAUUAUCCUUUUCCACCAUAGAGAAUAGACUCAAAACCCAUAAACAAACUCUCACUGCUCUCAGGAAUCACACAUGCAGUCAGCAGUCUGCCAGUGGAUGUUGUUUGGCAGGAAAUGGGACUUGUUUGGCAGCAAAUGGGACUUUAACAACUCCUGUUAAGAUCUUCCAGAUAAAAGAAUGCAAGGGCAGCCUUCAGCAAAAGCGAUGAAGACUGGCCUACACCAAUUCAGAAAAUCAAAAGCAGUCAAAAAAUAAAAGCUAUUACAUGACCUUGCCUUACUGAGAAUAAACACUACUUCUUCCUACAAGCACUCCCAGAGCCUCAGGUGAGACUCACUAGGGAAGCACUGUGGGUGAUCUUCACACACCACGGAUGAUGCUAUCACUGGUGUGGACAAGCCAAGGUCCCAUCCUUGUACACAGGGCUAGUUCAAGAGCAAGUCACUGCCACAUCCACUGUGAAUCUUUCCCCACCCCAACACGUUAGCCCUUGCUGCUGCCUUGCACACCCACAAACCUUUCUUGAGGUCACCAUCCACAAAGGAAGGCAACUGCAGUGAGGUGCCUGAACAAAGACCCAUUAGGAUGUGUUCCAUAGGGAUGCUUGCUUUGAAAACACAUGGGAGAGCAAGGGGCUUGUGACUAUGGGUCGCAAAUCCAGAGCCUGAUGAACCAAAAUAAAGAGGUUGAAUUUUCAUGCGUGUCUUGUGAAAUCUCUGGGUCUGCUCCGCACUCAGUGGGCUCAAGGUCAACUCACUUAAAUUGCUCUUAGAUUCAGAGGUUGUAUGGGGCUCUGAGCAACCUGGCCUAGAGGAAGGAAUUCCUACCCAUGGCAGAUGAGCUUUAUGGUCCCUUCCAACCCAAACCAUUCUGGGAUUCUAUGAGAUUUAAGAGCAGGCCUGCUCUAUAAUCAAUAAAAAUCUGUCAUGACCCUUACCCAAGCAUGGCACAAAAGGCAUUCUCAUUAUUGCUUAUGUUCCUUUGUAAAUGAAUCCCAGGAUCAGUGUGGGUUUAGGAUUAGAGCCUAUUUAUGGGGUUUUUUUGGGACUUGCUAGUAAAGCGACCUCUCCCAGGACAGUAACAGUGAGGAUUCAGCAUUCAGGCAGUUUUACUUUCUGUAAAACUCUUAAGUGAGACUGAUUGCAGGAGCAUGAACUUUGCCCAAUAAGUGUUUGUAUUUGGGCCCAUGUCAACAGAAAUAUGUCAUGAGAAAUAACAGCUGGAUAAAUUAGGCUCCAAUGAAGUUAAUU